AUGCCUGCACUAAAGAGGCAUUCAUUUCAAAUGUCUUGCAUAGAUGCGAUACACCAGGAGGAUGCCGGGGCCUGCUCCGCAGCACCGAGCAAAUGGCAGUGGCUCAGCUCGUCCUCCGCCGCGGACACGGCUGCGACUCUGUUUGACGACGGGUCUGCCGAGCCAUACACCAAGAGCGACGAGAGGCGCCUCGUCCGCAAGAUCGAUUUCAUGAUCAUCCCGUACCUGGCUGUGUGCUACGCGUUCUUCUACAUCGACAAGACGACCCUCUCAUACGCCGCCAUCUUUGGCAUCCGAGAGGACCUGGAUCUAAAAGGGACCGACUAUAACUGGCUGUCGUCGGUCUUUUACUUCGGGUUCCUUGCGUGGGCCCUUCCGACAAACUUCCUCAUGCAGCGGCUCCCGCUGGCCAAGUACCUCGGCGCCAACAUCUUCCUGUGGGGUAUCCUCCUCAUGGCCCAGGCCGCGGCGAACAACUUUGCAACACUCGCAGUCCUCCGGGCUCUGUCUGGGGCAGCCGAGGCCUGUGCUGACCCAGCCUUCAUGCUGAUCACAUCCAUGUGGUACACCCGACGACAGCAGCCAGUGCGUAUCGGACUGUGGUACACUGCGAACGGUUUGGGGAUAGCCCUGGGCGGUCUGCUCGGUUACGCGAUAGGACACAUCCGUGGCGCCCUUCCGAGCUGGAAGUACGAGUUUCUGAUCAUCGGUGCUCUAUGCAGCGGGUGGGGCAUUGUGCUGAUGAUCUUGCUCCCGGACUCGCCCGUCACGGCUCACGUGCUGACGAAGAGGGAGCGGCGGAUUGCCAUCGAACGCCUCCGGGAGAACCAGACUGGUGUCGAGAACAAGACGUUCAAGAUGGAUCAGGUCAUUGAUACGCUCAAGGACCCAAAGACGUACUUCUUUUUCCUGCUCGCCCUGGUCCAAAACCUCCCCAACGGUGGCAUUUCCAACUUUGGCACCCUCAUCAUCAAGGGAUUCGGGUUUAGCACACUCGGCACCACCCUACUUCAGAUGCCUUAUGGCGCCCUGAUAGGCCUCUCCAUCCUGAGCUGCGUCUACCUCAACGACUACUUCUGCACCAGGCUACAAAAGAACACUCGGUGCUGGUUCAUCAUCUUGUACACGCUGCCCAACAUUGCUGGCGCCUUCGGCCUCCGUUUCGUGCCAACAGACCAGCACAUUGCAAGGCUCUGGUGUUAUUACCUUACAGGGCCGUAUAACGCCGCAUUCGUCCUGAUUCUGAGUCUCGUGACAGCCAACACCGGCGGGCACACGAAGAAGGUGCUGACGAAUGCCAUCAUGUUCCUUGGCUAUUGCGUUGGCAACAUUGCAGGACCGUUCUUCUUCAAGACCGAGCAGCAACCAACUUACCCACUGGGAAUGGCCAGCAUGAUUUUCUGCCAUCUUGCAUCAGUAGUUAUGAUCAGCGGGUUCAGAGUCCUGCUGAGCUUGGAAAAUAAAAGGCGUGACAGGAUCUCGAGCAAUUCAGAGCACCCAGAUCUGGACGAGACGGCUUUCAGCGAUAUGACGGAUCGGCAGAAUCCGAACUUCAGAUAUGUGUAUUGA